CGGUUUUGUAGAUUUCCACCUCUUGGUGUACUUGUUGUGGUAGAACUGUUUGCUGACAUUUUUAAUUAGUUGUUUUUUUACUAAACUAUACACUCAAAAAGUACAAUAUAUAUAUGUAUAUAUAUAUGUGUGUAUGUGUGUGUAUAUAUAUUUAUAUCUCUCUCAUAUCAAUAUUCUUGAUAUCAAGUAAUCAAAUUCUUUGUUUGCCGAUCGCAUUCGAUAAUUUCCUGUCAAUGUAGGAAUCAGCUGAUUCGGAUACUAAAUAAGUCAAUUCACUUUUACUUUACACCACUCUCAUUUUUCGACCACAGUUUACCGCCGAUAGCUCGUGAGCAUUGCGUUUUUGGUACAUUAUCAAUAAUUACACCGUUCAAAGUAUUUUAAUACCGUGAUCAUUAUUCCACGGCAAAGCAUAACCUUCUCAUUUCAUAUUAAACUUUGAAUGGUCGCUUGAAAAUAAUGUUUAAUUGAUUUUUAUUAACGACACUGUAAUUUAAAACCUUACAGAAGCCAUAUAUUUUGCCUUCUUUGGUUUUAAUUUAAUUAUUCGCAUAAAAACAGAUACCUGACGAUGAUGCCUUUUGGUAUUGAGUCACAACCAUCGGUGAAUGAAAUUGUAAUUUCCCCAAUUGGAUAUGUGUUGUUUGUUCACUCGGAGGCAUUUAACUAAUGCGAAUAACAUGAACGAUCCUUCGAUGUUUUCGAACAGCUAGAAUCUGUUACUGUCUUUCAACAUUUUUAUUGCACGCAAAGUAUUUGACACUUUGCAGACGACGAAAGGAACGCCCAUGUUGGAUGUUGAACACACAAGGCAGAACAUGGCUACCUGAAAUUAUAAAUAAUAUCAAUCCCGUGCACGCGGAACACUAUUGUAUUCUAUAACCAACUAAUAAUAACUUUUAUCAUGAUAACACUAUACUCAAUGCGACACUGCGGUAUGCCACGUAAAUCGUAAAUUAAAUCGUGUGGGUGUACGGUACUUAUAUUUUUUUUUAAAUACAACUUAUAAUUAGACCGUCCAAUGUUUACGCAUAGUCAUAUUUUUAUAGUCCAAUUUAUAAACACAGAAAUUGAAUAAGAACAUAUUUACUCUUCCAGUAGUUUAAUCGUACGAAAAGGAAAAUAAGAUCUAUAUUAAGUUUCAUUAAAAUUCUUAUUCGUUUUAUUUAGUUGCGACUACUGCAAAUGCAUAAAAUUCAAGUUCAUUAAUUGAAACAGUACAAGGAACGUGCGUAUCAGUUCAUCUAUAGAACAUACAAAUAUAUCUAUAGAAAUUGUAAUUGUUUAUUAUUGUUUGACAAUUUUGAAAUAAUUUGAAUUAUGUUUCACAAUCAAUCGGAAGAUGGUGUUCUGACGCUUGAAAGAUUAUUCUGUGGACCUUUAGAUGGCGUGUACAAUUACAAUGUAGAAUAGUGCUCUGAAGAGACUACUUUUUAUUUCGAACAAAUGUUAAAACAAAGUGAAAGGACGAUUCAUUAUACAUUUUUCCAUGUUUUCAUAAUUAAAUCUAAUAUGGAAAUUCCAUCGCAUUGAAGGAAAUUGAACAUUGUAAAGUAUUUUUAUAGAAGAUGGCAAAUCCUCCCACAAAUGUUGGCCAAUCUUACUUUUGGAAUUCAGGAGUCUCACAAUCACAAAACAUGGGGUACUAUUCUGUGCCUCCUCCAAAUUUUCCACCUCCAAACUUUAGGCAACCACCGCCGUCUUAUAAUAUGCCUGUUUCCACUUUACCUGAGAAUAAACCAACCAACUUCAUAUCUUCGUAUCAGUCUAUGACAUGUUAUCGAAAUGAAGUUCCAAAUUCUUAUUCUGAUACCUCUUACCAAAAUCAAACACAGCCACAAUGUAACAAUCAAAACUAUGGUCUUCCUGGUUAUUCUCAACCAGCAGCGGGAAAUUUUAAUUCAAAUUGGGAGGAGAGAUCUACGUAUCACAACAGUACCAGCAGUGAAUGGAGUUCUAAUAGUUAUACAUGUGAGUGGAACAAGUUACAAGAUAAUAAAAGUUCUUGGUAUGAAACAAAUAAAGUGCAAGAGGAUAACAGGAAAUCUGUGUAUGAUAAAUCUAACGACUCUGUAAAAAGUAAGAGAUCCGAAUGGAAAUUUAGAGAUAAAGAGUCUUCUAGUUGUCAUAUCAGUAGUAGGAAACGUUCUAGAAGUCCAGAGAAUAGAUCUAGAUCUAAUAGAUCACCAUAUAAAUCACGAUAUGAUUCUCAGAGAGAUAGGUAUUCAAAGUAUCAUAGCAAUAGAUCAAGUUCUAAAGAGCGGUCACACAAUGAAGACUCUUCUGAUAGAAGAUCAUCCUAUAAAAGGAAUUUUACAUAUGUGUCACGUUCCCAAAGAUCAUAUACAAGUCAUAGAAGCAGGAAGAGAUCAAGAUCAUUAGAAUCUUACUCGUCUAGAGCUAGUAGUCCAAAUAAUAGUACUUCUAGUAAGAGGGAUCCAACAGAAAGAGAGUUACUACUUGAGAAAUAUAGGCAGAAUUAUUGUGCAACUAGCAAAGAUAUGGAAAGAAAAAUGGAUGAAUUAUCUGCAAUGGGACCCGAAGGAAUAAUAGAAAAUGCAAGAAAAGUUUGGACACGUACUGCACCAGCAGAUUUAUAUUAUUCUAGGGAUGAUGACAACCCAAAAAUAAUGAAAGGCACAUCAAAAUUGCAUGAAUUAUGUGAAUUAUUUAAAAAAAUAUUGAUGGACAGAGCUACAUCUGCAAAAGCUUUACAGCCUCCUUAUGAACCACCACCAAGAAAAACUAGAGCACGUUUAUGUAGGCAUAAAUCAGAGGUUUGCAGCAGCUCUUCUUCUGAUAGUGACAGUUCAAUGGAUGAAGAUGAUAGAACAAUGGAAGAGUUAAUGGCAAAGAAACAACACCCACAACGAUUACAUCCGGAAAUGUGGUUUAAUGAUCCAGGAGAAAUGAAUGAUGGACCAUUAUGUAGGUGUAGUGCAAAGUCAAGGAGAUCUGGAAUUCGUCAUGGCAUUUAUGCUGGAGAAGGUGCAAUAAACAAAUGUGAUCUAAACUCAACCAAUGCAGAUAAAUUGUACCAUUACCGAAUAACAAUUAGUCCGCCAACAAAUUUCCUUACUAAAACGCCGACAAUUAUCAAGCAUGACGAACAUGAAUUUAUAUUCGAAGGAUUUUCUAUGCUUUCUCACUUCCCUCUUGUAAAAUUGCCAACUUGCAAAGUAAUAAGAUUUAAUAUAGAAUAUACGAUUCUGUAUAUAGAUGAAAAAUUACCAGAAAAUUUUACCAUUCAAGAACUGGAUUAUUUUCAAACGUAUUUAUUUAAAGAAAUAUUGGAACUAGUUGAUUUCGAUUUACAAGCAGCGCAAGAUAAAUCUGGCUGUGGACAGUUUCAUUUUAUGCCAAGAUUUGUACGUGACUUAGCAGAUAAUGGACAAGAAAUCCUAUCUAUGAACGAGGUUUUAAAUUAUUUAAUAAAAAGUAGUAAACUGUUAAUAGAUCCAGAAGAUUUACCUAGGUUAGUGGAGAUGCCACAAUAUAAAUGGCAAAAUUUUGCGGAUGAAGUGAAAGGUAUGAUAGUUACAUACCCUGGAAAAAAGCCUUGCAGCGUUCGCGUGGAUCAAUUAGACAGGAAUCAAACUGAUCAAUCUCCCGGUGUAAUUGCUUAUCCCGAAAUUGUUCAUUUCGGAAUCAGACCUCCUCAACUUAGCUAUGCAGGAAACGCAGAUUACCAAAAAGCAUGGAGGGAUUAUGUAAAAUUUCGUCACUUACUAGCCAACAUGCCAAAACCAUCGUUCGAAGAUAAAAGGAAGUUAGAAGCGAAGGAGAAUAAACUACAAGAAUUAAGAACGCAAAGUAAAAUGAAGCGCGACGUUACCGUAGACGUUAGUUCUGAGGGAUUUUACAGGACUGGAAUAAUGUGUGAUAUAGUACAGCACGCCAUGUUAAUCCCUGUACUUGUCUGUCAUUUGAGAUUUCAUAAAUCCCUGGAUAAUUUAGAACGUACAUUAGGAUAUGAAUUUAAGAAUAGGUAUCUUCUUCAAUUAGCGUUAACGCAUCCUAGUUACCGCGAGAACUUCGGUACAAAUCCAGACCAUGCUCGAAAUUCUUUGACCAAUUGUGGAAUAAGACAACCCGAGUAUGGUGAUCGUCGAAUUCAUUACAUGAAUACACGUAAACGCGGUAUCAAUACAUUGAUUAAUAUAAUGUCAAGAUUUGGCGCGAGGACGGAAACCGAAUCUUCAAUAGCGCACAACGAAAGAUUGGAAUUCUUGGGAGACGCGGUAGUUGAAUUUCUUACGUCGAUUCAUUUGUUUUAUAUGUUUCCCGAUUUGGAGGAAGGUGGCUUAGCAACUUACAGAGCAGCAAUUGUACAAAAUCAGCAUCUUGCUGUGUUAGCAAAGAAAUUGAACUUAGAAGAAUACAUGCUCUAUGCUCAUGGCAGUGAUCUUUGUCAUGAUUUGGAAUUAAGGCAUGCUAUGGCUAAUUGUUUUGAGGCAUUAAUGGGUUCAUUGUUCCUUGACGGAGGCAUAGAAGUAGCUGAUAGAGUAUUCGGAGAAACGCUAUUUAAAGACGAAGAAGAUCUUAUGAAAGUUUGGGUGAAUUAUCCUAAGCAUCCUUUGCAAGAGCAAGAACCGACAGGCGACAGACAAUGGAUACCGAGUUUUGAAUUGUUACAAAAAUUAACAAAAUUUGAAGAAUCCAUUGGCAUAGAGUUCACUCAUAUACGUCUUUUAGCAAGAGCAUUUACUGAUCGCAGUAUAGGAUAUACGAAUUUAACAUUAGGUUCUAAUCAACGUUUAGAAUUUUUAGGGGACACUGUAUUACAACUCAUAGUUUCAGAGUACUUAUACAAAUACUUUCCAGAACAUCACGAGGGUCACCUAUCUCUUCUACGAAGUUCCCUUGUGAAUAAUAAAACGCAAGCCGUUGUCUGUGAUGACUUAGGAAUGAUUCAGUAUGCACUUUAUGGUAACCCCAAAGCUGAAUUAAAAACAAAGGAUAGAGCUGACUUAUUGGAAGCAUUUUUGGGGGCCCUUUAUGUUGACAAAGGUUUAGAGUAUUGUCAUGUUUUCUGCGAUGUAUGCUUCUUCCCACGAUUACAAGAUUUUAUUAUGAAUCAAGAUUGGAAUGAUCCAAAGAGUAAAUUACAGCAGUGUUGUUUAACACUGAGAACAAUGGAUGGCGGAGAACCUGAUAUUCCUGUGUACAAAGUAAUUGAAUGUAAAGGUCCAACAAAUACAAGAGUGUAUACUGUUGCUGUGUAUUUCCAAGGGAAACGAUUGGCAAAAGCAUCAGGUCAUAGUAUACAAGAAGCAGAAAUGAAUUCAGCCAAAGAGGCUCUAGAAAAGUCGCAAGAUUUGUUCCCGCAGUUGGAUCAUCAAAAACGUGUUAUAGCUAAAAGCAUGAAAAUGCAACAAUGGCCAAAUAAGCAUAAAUCUAGAGGAAGGUCCAUGAAACCUACAGACAAACAUGAUGAUAUUGAUUCGAAUCCACGUUCCAAAAGAAGUCGUAGUGAAACAUAAUUGUAUCGAUGAAAUUGACAUGUUGCAAUUAUAAUUUAAAACGAAGUUUUUAUGAAUUGUACAAUAACGUAUUAUAACAGUGAAUAUAAUAAAUCUUUAACAUUUA